UAAUUAUACUUUGACACCACCCAAGUUAUAUAAGACCCCACUGCCCUAUCAUUUCCUUACUCCUGGUUAUUGCCAUAACCAAUGAAUAAUAUGGUGACAAACAAUAAGAAUGCUUGCUUUUCUUGCUCUGAAGAUUUCAAUGGAGAAGCUGAAGGCCAGCCGGCUGCAAGUGUGAGAUGGAAUCCCACGAGGGAACAGAUUGCCAUUUUGGAGAGCCUGUACAGCCAAGGGAUUCGAACUCCCACUGCCCAACAGAUUCAGCAGAUCACAAGCAGACUGAGAAUGUAUGGAAACAUUGAAGGGAAGAAUGUGUUUUACUGGUUUCAAAACCAUAAAGCUCGGGAGAGACAGAAGGAGAAGCAACAGAAGCUGAUCUACUUCAACCAGUUUUUUCCUUCUUCCCAAGAGAAUGCCUUUGCAGGCAGUACAAAUAUUGGGUCUGACUCCUACAUCUCAAUGCAUUCUCCUAUAAAUGGGCUUUCUAAAGAGCCGGAGACUUCCAUGUUAAUGGCAGAGAGACAAUGGAUGGAUCCCAAUACAAUGCCCUUCAAUCGUUCGAUGUCGCUCAAAAGUGAUAACUUGACUGGGGAGACCUCUUCUAACCACGAAGAGUUUUUAAGCCUGCAGAUGGAUUACACUCACUCAGAAGAAAAUCAACAUGGUUUUUGUACUUCAAACGAACGUGAGACUCUCCAGUUAUUUCCUUUGCAUCCUGGUGUUUCUGCCAUGAACGAUAUACAAGAAGAUACAAGUGUAUCACCCCCUAAGUACAUUUGAAAACUUUUCUUUCCAAAGUAAAAUCCUAAAGUUUCUCUCUCUUAAUGCUACUCUUUAGGUGUCAAUAAAGACUGAUACUUGUUCUUAAGUAUUGAUCCCCCCUGCCUGUGUCUGCCCAUUACAUGAUUGGAUGGUAAGAAUGCCAAAUCCAUGUAAUAUUUUCUUUGAAAGAAUUGAAUUCAAGCGGAGUUAUAAGCAUAGUUUAGUAGAUUAAAAUGUCCAACAGUCAUAUAUGUAAACCUUGGAUCUGCUUGGUUUAUUUCGACCAAGGGCAUUGUUCUUAAGAAAAUCGAUGAUAUUUUAGAUU